AUGUCUCCCGCAAAAUCCAUAAUUAUUCUCUCCUCUCCCUAUGACCUUGGUAUCCGAGAUGUUGCCGUCGGGGCUGGACCAACAGCGCUUCUCGAAGCCGGCAUCGUCCAGGCAAUUCGCGACCUCGGCGUGACUGUCCACUUGUUCGAGACGGAGUCUGCUGCUUACUUUGACGGUGAUAUCAGUCGCCUCUUCCAGCUUUUGUAUCAGACUUCGGUAUCUGUCGACAACAUCACUCGCGGGGGUGAGUUCCCUAUCAUCUUGGCCGGCAACUGUUCAACCACUGUCGGUGUCCAAGCCGGUUUAACAACUGCGCUUGGAGAAAUACCUUCUUGUAUUUGGUUCGACGCUCACGACGACUUCAACACGCCUGAUGUUCUUAAGAGUGGAUAUCUUGACUCAAUGGCUGUUGCCAUGAUGGCAGGUCUCUGCUGGAAAACUCUCUUGGCUGAUAUUCGCGGAUUCAAGGCCAUGGACCUCAAGAAAAACCUUGUGCACUGCGGUAUGCGAGAUGUGACAGACCUUGAGCGCUCUCGAGUCGAGGAGGCAGGAUUCCCCGUCAUUUGGGGAGAUUUAGAGGAGCAUGUUGACUUUGAGGGUGAACUAGGCAAGGUCCUCGAUAAGAAGAAGUUUGGUCAAACUAUGGUGCACUUGGAUCUUGACGCUCUCGAUCUUUCUGUCGGUUGUGUCAACAAGUUCUCUGCGCAUGGUGGACUGCUGGAAGAUGAUCUGGAGAAAUGCUUGAAGAUGAUCCCGUCAAAGACAAAGCCGGUAUCGUUGACGAUUGCAUCAUUCGACCCUCAACGGGAUAUACGCGGAACUAUUGAGCCUGUUGCUAUCAAAGCGGUCAUUGCUUUCGUUCAGGGCUUGAUUUCACAAGGGCAUCUUGAGAAAUCCUCAAAUUACUAA